UCAUCAUGUGUGAUUUGCCGUUACUUUGAAAUUGAAAUAUUAUUUUUUGAAAAGCAAAAAUGAAAACCUCCACAGUUUAUUGUUGUUUUUAAUUAUUAAUAUUACAAAAUAUACUGAAUGAAAACAUUUUGGAUGCCGUGAAAAUGGGAAUAAAAGGUUUAUGGAACGUUCUGACACCGUUUAGUGAAAAGAAGUCUUUGCAUGAGAUAAAAGGAGAAACUCUUGCGGUUGACCUCUCUGGAUGGGUCUGUGACAGUCAAAAUGUUACUGACUAUCAUAUUCAGCCUAAACUUUAUUUAAGAAAUCUCUUCUUCAGAACCAUGUACCUAUUGCUAGCUGAUAUAAACCCUAUAUUUGUGCUGGAGGGGGACGCGCCGGAACUAAAGCGAGAUGUGAUGACAGCGAGAAAUGCAUUGCAAUUCCGAGGCGCAGCACCAAAAUCUGGUAACAGUAAAAACAAAGAGGGAAAUGUCACAAGAAAGAGAUUUAAAGGUGUACUUAAAGAAUGUGAAAAUCUUUUGAAAACAAUGGGUGUGAGAUGUGUAAAAGGAGAUGGGGAAGCUGAAGCAACUUGCGCCAGGUUAAAUGCCAAAGGUGUAGUAGACGCGGUAAUAUCUCAAGACUCGGACUGUUUCGCGUACGGCGCCCGGCGCGUGUACCGCAACUUCAGCGUGUCGAACUCGGCGGGCGGCGGAGCGCUCAAUGGCUCCGUGGAUGUCUACGACGCUGAUGUCAUGUUUAAAAAUAAUGGUUUCGGACGCAAGAAGAUGGUCGCGCUGGCGCUACUCUGUGGCUGUGACUACGGAGUUGGCGCGUGUGGCUCAUCAAUAAAUACAGUUGUAUCUUUUCUACAUACUGUCCCAGAGGAAGAGGUCGUUUUUAGGCUAUUGUCAUGGGUGAGCGAGCCGCAAAAGUACGAGAAAUUAGCCCGCUGGGUGGCGACGCCGGGCGUGUGCGACCGCUGCGGGCAUGCGGGCCGCACGCACAACAGACACGGCUGCCCCGUCUGCGCCACCAGCCGCGCCUGCACCGACACCGGACACAAGGUAAAAGUGUCUGAAGCGAAACGCGAGCUCUCACUGCGCAGCCGAGCCCUGUCGGCCGGAAUGCCCUUCCCGGAGCCCCGAGUUAUGAAGGAAUUCCUCGAUACUACGCCCGAAGACGUGGACGUCGGGGCCGUCAAAAUGCCGACCCCCAGCUUAAUACAAUUCGUGAAAAUCAUGUCACACAAGUUGGAUUGGCCUGAAAAGUAUUGCGUAGAGAAAUUCUUGCCGCUGCUUACGAAGUGGCACCUACAAGACCAUGUACCUGUCAAGACUAUCAAACCUAUCGCUAUAAAGAAGAAAAGGAAUCCAAAAGGUGUACCAAGUUUUGAAGUACAGUGGGAGGAUAUUGACGGACUCUAUGACGCUCUUAUUCCUGACGACCAAUUUGAAGAAGGUGAAGACGCGUCUGAUGUAUGGACAACGAUUGAAAGGCAGGACCUUAUGCGUAAAUAUCAUCCAGAUAUAGUCGAAGCUUACGAAGAAUCGAUUAAGAAGCCGUCAAAAGAGAAGAAAACGAGGGCUAGGAAGAAAAAAGAUGAUAAUGAUGCUGAAAAAGUGCCAAAGCAAACUAAGAAGAAAGCUGCUAAGAAAAAGAGUAAAAAUGAUGUUAUUGCUGAGCUCAGUAGAUCCUUGGGUAACCUCAGUGUUUCGAAAGUGGCAGAUAUCAGUGUUAAUAAGUCACAAGUCAGUGUUUCUGUAAACAAACUAAAAAGAAAACACAAGAUUAGUAAAACCAAACACAAGAAUACAAUAGAAAGUUAUCUGAAACCAGCGAAAAAGAGAAAAUCGAAUCGAACAAAAUCUAUGAAUUACAGUAAGAACAUAUUUGUGCAUAAACAAAGUACAGAAUCGUUUAGUGUAGAGAAACAUAAUGAUAAUUUAUUUGAAGAUAUAGGAAAAGAGAAUAUUACAUUCAAACACAAUAGUUUUGUAUUUGAAGACAAUGAGAAGGAAAAUAUUUCAUUUCACAAUGAUGUAGUAUAUUUUGAUGAUAAUGAUAAAGAAAAUAUAGCAUCCAAUAAACUAUUUGAGGAUAUAGGAAAAGAAAAUGUUACAUUCAAGCACAAUAGUUUUGUAUUUGAAGAUAAUGAGAAGGAAAAUAUUUCAUUUCACAAUGAUGUAGUAUAUUUAGAUGAUAAUGAUAAAGAAAAUAUAGCAUCCAAUAAACUAUUUGAAGAUAUAGGAAAAGAAAAUGUUACAUUCAAACACAAUAGUUUUGUAUUUGAAGAUAAUGCGAAGGAAAAUAUUUCAUUUCACAAUGAUGUAGUAUAUUUUGAUGAUAAUGAUAAAGAAAAUAUAGCAUCCAAUAAAUUAGGGCUUAGCAUCCUAGAUGUCAGUCAAGGUGACGUGCCAGAGAGUGACUUAUCAGAUAUCAUAGACAAAAUUACUUCUAGAGAAACGACAGCUACUAAAACCAAAGUUAACGAUGCGUAUGUAAAAUUGAUUUUCAACAAGAAGUUCAAUUUACGAAAGUCGAUUUUGCGUCGCACCUUCAACCAAAACUGUUCUACUCCGAAUCAAAGUCCAGUGAAACGUAAAUCUAGUGUACCUUUUGCAAGACAAUCGAUUAAUACGAGUUAUUUUUAUGACAAACUGACGGACCAGUGCGACGCCUUUGAAAUGUCCCUCGAGUAUAAAAAUAAUGUCGACGUCAGUGACGCGACCAUAGACUAUAGCUUACCUGAUGUUAAAUUAUGAUUCCAAUUCUGAAAUAAAAAUUUAAAUUAA